AAAUCUUCCUAUUUCAGCUAUCCCUUCGGUCUUUGACUUAGAAAAAGAUGUUAAUUACCGAGUUUUGCUAAGAGAUGAUAUUCAACAAAGUUAUUAUGAUCAUGAAGAAUAUCAGGAAAAAAUUGCUAACCGAAGUUGA